AUGAAGAAAAGUAAACUUAAUUCUGGGACAGCUAAGAAAAAGACAAUCAAAGUUGAGGAGAAACCUACAGAGAAAACCGAAAACGUGCCGGUAAAAGUUGAUUCUUUGGACGAUGAAGAACAAGGAUUCGGUGGAUGGUUAAGAUCAUCAGACGGCCUGGAGACGAUGAAACUAUUUGUGAUAGCAAAUAGCAUUGUGAUGCUUACUACAAUUGUGUACCCACACGCUCAAGCUAUCUUCGAGGUCGUUUCCGAUAUGAUUUAUGGCACCGACAUUUUGUACGACGAUUGAAUUG